UCCAGAAUAUCAGAUGAAAUAAGUUACAGCGUUUGUUUUAUUUUAUUUCAGUUACUGCUUCAAACUACAAAAUGGAGCUUUUUAAACUUUCUGUUCUGGCCUUUGCUCUAUAUACGCAGCUGGACACAGGUGUGUCAAGUUUCAGUGAGAACAUGGAUAACUGGUUCCUGGAGAACUGGCUGGGUGAUCCAGCAAAAAGUGGUUUCAAAUUGCACUUUGAUGACCUGCUGAAGCACUCUAAAACACAGCAGUUUCAUGGGCUAAUGGGCCGAAGCUUAGAAAUUUCUCAACCCCUGCAACUUGGUCAGAAAAAAAACAAUGGAGAGAUGUUUGUUGGACUGAUGGGCAAGAGACCUUCAAAGGAAGAUUAUGAAGCGGUACCGGACAAGCCACAGUAAUGCUAAUUAUGCAAACAACAUGAUUGGUUUUGCCUGCCUAUCACUAUAUAAUGCUGUCUUAUCUAAUUUAUAU